UUGUAUCAGAUGUACAGGGACCAACGAUUAAUUUAGCAAGAUUUAUUGCCAAAAUUCUAACAGACGCUUAUGAUACAAACAAUGAGUUCUAUGUAAAGGACACAUUUGAAAUAGCACAAAUGUUGAAUAAUUUUAAAUUACCACCAAAUUACAUACUUGUCUCUCUAGAUGUAGUGAAUCUUUUUGGAAAUAUAACUGAAGAUUUAGUCUAUGAGGCUGUGAAAGAGAGAUGGGACAACAUAGAACAACAUUGCAGCAUCCAAAAAGAAAAAUUUAUGAACAUAAUAGAAUUCCUGUUAAAAAAUGGGUAUUUUGUGUUUGAGGGUAGAUAUUUUAUACAAACGUUGGGUUGCAGCAUGGGAUCAAAACUAAGUCCAAUACUGUCCCUUUAUGUUAUGGAUUAUUUGAUAAGAAAAUGCAUACCAAAACUAAUUUUCAAACCACCAUUCCUUAAAAAAUUCGUAGAUGAUGUGAUAACAGCUAUACCCAAUACAGAAAAAGAAAAUGUCCUCACAAUAUUCAACGGUUUCAAUGAACACAUACAAUUCACCAUGGAAGAAGAAGAUGAAAAACAGUCCAUACCAUUUUUAGAUACGAGAGUGUACAGGUGUGAUGACAUUAUAAAGUUGGACUGGUAUACAAAGUCGAUCUCAUCUGACAGAUGUAUCCACUAUCUAUCUGAUCAUACUACCCAGAUCAAAAUAAAUUUCAUAAAAGAAAAAAUAAGGAGAAUUAAAAAAAUUUGCCACCCAGACUUCGUGUCGAAAAGCAUAAAAAAGUUACAAAACAUACUACUAGAAAAUUCUUACCCACCACACAUGAUAAAAAAACUAUUGUUUUCCAGUGAAAAUCAAAUGACGGAAAACAUAACAGAGAAUUCGAUAAGUGAACAAGAAGAUCACGAAAGAGAAACCAUUAGAUACUGCUCAAUACCAAACAUUAGGACACUAACAACAAAAAUAAAAAAAUGCUUUAACAACAGAUAUAACAUCAGAGUAAUCACAAAAAACCAAAAAACAGUAGCCAACCUCUACUCCAGACUUAAAUACCCUAUACCAAAAAACUUGAGAACAAAUGUGAUAUACCAGAUUAAAUGCAUGGACUGCGACAAUACAUAUGUAGGACAAACAUCCCAAUUGAUAAAAAAUAGAAUUACACUACACAGAAGUGAUAUUAGACUAAACAACCGGAGAUGUGCGUUGUCGAUACAUGCAAAUGAGAAAGAUCACAAGAUAAAUCUAGAAGAUGUGGAAAUUUUAGAUAGCGAGAGAAAUUAUAAAAAGAGAACAGUGCUUGAAAUGAUACAUAUAAGAGACCAACCCAAUCCAAUCAAUAAGAAAACUGAUACUUCAAAUCUCAGUAAUAUCUAUACAUAUCUUUUGUCUCUGAAGAAGGAACCAUUGUACAAUAGCCCAGUAGAAGAAAGAAGAAGAACAGAACUUUCUGGACACCCCUGACUUUUUGACAUUUGUCGUCUGUCGUUCACUUUUAGACAUGAUUUUCCGUUUUCCCAAAGAAUGUUGAGUGUGUACUUUGAGUUUAAAUUUGUAUAUUGUUUAAUGAUUACUUUCGAACAAAUUGUACUUAGUAGAGAAAAGAGAACAUACAAACAGGAUUUUACAAUACAUGAAUGAACUUUCUCAAAAUUCAGAACCCUGAGGAAGGUGCAAAUUAGAUACCGAAAGCUUGGCGAAUGAAUAAAGAGAAUUAAAUAAACAACUUUCAUAUUG